CAGUAAAGUAAAGUGAGCCAGUCUGCCAGCACGCUGUCGCGGCUUUCGAGUGUGUCGGAUAGUGGAAGAAGCGGCGGGCUGCAUGACCGCAAGACUAAAAUUACUUAAGUCACUUCGCUACUCAGUCGCCGAAGACAUCGGCGCACGAAAUGUAGGCUAACGUAACGCCAUCACAUUUGCAUUUCGUGUAUUUGUUUCUCUUUUUUUAUAUAUUUAAUGUGUGUGGUUUAAAAAACAAUAGAUUUUACUUAAAUUUUGGUGACUUAAGUCACACACAGUGUAGGAGUGUUUAUUAACUUGACUUACCAUAUAAAAAAGUCCAGUGACUUAAGUUGCGGUGAGUUGAAUUGAACUAAUUCAAGGUGUUCAAUAUAAGUUCAAAACCUUCAAGAUCAACGACUUAAAACUUGACUUAAGUAAAGUUUUAAGCAAUGUGUUUUUAAGUUACUUGAUUUAACUUGUUCCGAGGACGGAAAUCUACAAAAUGUCAAAAACGUUGAUGUGCAUCGUGGUCUCGUGCCAAUUAAUCGUUCUCGCCGCCGGCCACGGCCGACUAAUCGAGCCGCCCAGCCGCGCUUCCGCCUGGCGUUACGGUUUCGACACGCCGCACAACUACAACGACCACGAGCUCUACUGCGGCGGUUUCAGCCGCCAGUGGCAGAAGAACGGCGGCAAGUGUGGCGUCUGCGGAGAUGCAUGGGAUGCUAAAACACCUAGGGCUCAUGAAUACGGCGGUACCUACGGUCAAGGCGUGAUCGUUCGUAAAUAUCGUGUGAAGCAAGUGAUCAACAUCCGGGUGGAGUUGACCGCCAGCCAUUUUGGGUAUUUUGAGUUCGCUGUGUGCCCCAACUACAAAACAGGGAAUCAGGAGUGUUUAGAUAAGAAUAUUUUGAAGAUUGUUAAACCACAAGAUGGCAUGGAGCAUCAUAAUAGUCGGUAUUAUCCGAAAGACGGAAAUAAAGUUUAUGAGAUGAAGUAUCGACUUCCGGAUAUAUCUUGCGCGCAUUGUAUGCUUCAAUGGAGAUAUAUAGCAGGUAAUAAUUGGGGAAAUUGUCCGAAUGGCACCGGCGCUGUUGGUUGUGGUCCACAAGAAGAGUUCCGUGCAUGUGCUGAUAUUAAAAUAGGAUCCAAGGAUGCAUCGGAUGAUGAUUACAACGAGAUAACAGACACAGAUGAUGCUGAUCUUCUCAAUGCGGAUGGCACCGAAAAACCAACGUAUUCCCCUACUUCUUCCAUCUUUAUUUCAUUGCUAUCUUUUUUAGCAAUUUCCUUAAUUUUGUUCCUGAUCUAUUUUCAUUUCUAUCGAGUUGGUACUAGAUUUAAGGAAUGGGUGCUUGCGCAUCCUAUUCGGUUCUAUCGCAGGGAGAAACAGCCGCCUAUGCCGCCUCCAAGAGGUGUUAAGAAGAACUUUUCUGUGAAAAGUGAAUCAGGGCAGGAUGGCAUGUACGAGAUUAAUCUGAAUGGAAUGCAAACGAAGCCAACGAACGUUCCUGAUGUGUAGAUUUAAGUUUAGUCUGAAUGAAGUGAAGAUGUUGAUGAAGAGAUGAUGAUGAGGAUGCUAUUUGAAGGCUGUUAACAGUUUACGGCCGCUAGUAAAGCUACAUACUCAUUUUUUAUAAGUUAUCAAACUUGUUCAUUGUUUUAGUAAGCAUAAAAAGACAGUUUUAGAUUACAGCAUUAUAAACGCUUAGACUUCAAAGUAUUAUUUUGUAUUCUUUUUACAUCUUAAGUCUGUAAUAUGUGUCUGAUAAUAAACUUAACUAUUUUUUGUAAA